AUGCUAUUCGCGAGGACUGACAUUUCCGGCGUUGAGCCUUUCUCGUUCGUGUUUAACAUCAGCUCUGAGAUGGUGGCCCCCACCCAUGGCAGCUUCUGGCAGUUUCAAAGGAUGGUCAAACACAACACAGGGCAGAGGGCCUUCUUCUCAAAUUAUGGAUACGGCUGCUACUGCGGGCUUGGGGGCAUAGGGACCCCCACGGAUGACACUGACAGGUGCUGCCUGGCCCUCCACCGCUGCUGCAAGAAACUGAAGCAGCUCAGCUGCCAGCCCGUGUUGAACGGCUACCAGUUCCACGUGGCCAACGGGACGGUGAUCGUGAUCGAAUGCACCCUUGGUCCUGGUGUCGGCUGCCUCUGUGGGCUAAGGGCCUGCGAGUGUGACACGCAAUCUGCUUCAAAGAGAACCUGCCCAAACUUCAAGCAGUUCUUCUCCAGCUGGCCCUGCUGUGGCAGGCGCAAACUCCAAUGCUAG